UAUAUUCAUGUGUCUCGUAGUUCAACUCCCAGUGUUCGAGCGAUUGUGUAUACGAGUGCAUUGUGGUGAUAACUUGUAAUAGGACAGUGGGAGAUAUUGUGCAGAGAUGGAGAAUGUCAUUAUUCUCCUAAUGACAACCUUAGUGCUGACUGAGGGCACCCCGGUCAUGACGAGACAGGGUCUUCUCCGGCAAAAGAAUCGCGAACAGUUUUGCACCAGUUUACUGAACUUCAACAACUUUUUCUACUCGAUGGAGGAACGCAGAAACGUCAGCGGAAUCCCAGCUGACAUGAGCAUCCAUUGGAAGACUGGCAAUGUGUUUUUUACACUGAUAAGUGAAGAAAUGAAGAUGAGCCUUCAAGUGUUACACCCCAGUGGGGAAUUCGAGACUAUUAAAGUUGCCGGGCUAGGCCAGUCGACGUGUGUUGAUAACCUCAACGAUAUUGUUUAUCUGGCUACUGAUAACGGCGUUUAUAAAUACAAAGAAGACGGCUCCAUCGAAUUGUAUACAGCUUUGGGAGAGGACGUGAUGUAUAUUGCUGUGACCAGCGAUGGGAAUGCAAUGUUCAUAGCCACUUGGCCUCAAAACCGAGUCCAUAAAAUAACAAAUGAAGGUCAGAAACAGGAGACGUUCGCAGCGAUCCCCAACGGUCAUGGAUUGACUGUUGAUACAAGAAACAACAUAUUUUUCGUGGCUACGAAAACGUCUUACGUUCUGAAGAAUGGGCUGAAUAUCCCUAUCAAAAUCAAAGGUCUUCCAAGCGAUAGGAUGACAGGGGUUUUCGUUAGUCGAUCAGAUGAAGUCUUUGCUAUGGAUGAGAACAGUAAUUUAUACGUUAUUGAUGCAGAAAAUGCUAGUGCAAGGCAUUUGGGUAGUUUUAAUGUGACUGGAGUAAAUUCCUUCGCUAUGGAUUCUGCUGAUAACGUACUUAUUGGAGUCAAAGGAGCAAUAGUGAAGUUUAAUGCGUACGAGAAGAAUCCAUGCUCGGAUUUUGACACAUCACGGGUAGAGAUAUCUGGCAGAAAAAGUAAACGACCAAACACCACUAAGAAAGGAAAGAGACAUAGCCGAAGGCGCAAACACAAGAAACGCUCUACGACCACCACUGAAGCCAACGAUGAUGAUGAAGAGGAAGCAAUAAAGUUGUUUAAGGAGGGCAAAGAGAGGAUGUUUGACGAGAACUCUCACUAUAGGCGUAACUUGACGAAGCUGAGUCUGGUGUUCAGCCACAUGCUGAGCGAACUGAAGGCCAUGUUCCCGAACGGAACGUUUGCCGGAGACCAGUUCCGCAUUACCAAGAGUGAUGCAGCUGAGUUUUGGAGGACUAACUUCGGUAACAGCACCGUCUGUUCUGGGCCUAACAACACCUUUUGGUUUCACAGGUCUCGGGUAGAGACAUCUGGCAGAAAAAGUAAACGACCAAACACCACUAAGAAAGGAAAGAGACAUAGCCGAAGGCGCAAACACAAGAAACGCUCUACGACCACCACUGAAGCCAACGAUGAUGAUGAAGAGGAAUAAAAUUUAAGCGAUA